AUGUCCUCUCCCCGCGACCGCCUGCGGCAGGGCCUCAACCCGCUGUCUACCUCUGCCCUGGGUUCUCUCGUCGCCCAGCAGCAGCACGGCACGCCUAUUUCUGCCAUCUCCAUGGCCUCGCCGCAUCUUCUCGCGCUGCAAACUCCCGUCAGUGCGCUCCAGCCGUAUAACCCCCAGGAAUGGGUGCCGCCCGGUGCGCCGCAAAUGCCAGAGAGACAGGUUCAAUACGCCGCCGAGGCGCAAGCCUCUGCGCCGCCGCCACCUCCUCCGUAUAGCCCGCCGCGGAGUCGACAGCAGCGGCCUGUCAGUACGGCCUUUGAGUACGCGCUUGCGCCCAUGUCCACACCGUCGCCGAGAAUAUCCUCCAACCUGGCCGUACAUCAUGCGUCGCCUGAGUCUCUACCUAAUCCUUCAUUCCCGCCUCCCCCCGGCGCAGGAGGCCGUGGAGGUUCCCGCGACCGUCGAUUCGGCCUGCCCUCUCUCGGGCGCCGAAAAGAGCCAGAGCAGCAGCAGAGCAGUCCCCCAGAUGCACACCCUACUGCUCUCGCCCGACGAAGCAUGGGACCCGCGUCUUUUUAUGCUCCUGAACCCCAGCGCCCGGUUGCCGGUCCAUCUACAGAAGGGCUGCCUCCGGCAGCUCGAAGAGCUGCAUCUACCGGCGCUCUUGAUACUCCCACCUCUAGUCGAUCACGCUCGACAUCGCAGACGAGAUGGGCGCCCGGUAUGCCACUCCCACCCCCGCCUCCGGGACCACCACCCUCCGGGUCUCGAUCGCAGAGCGUGCAAAGUAUAGACCGAAAUGCGGUCCCAAUCAUUUCUCCUCCGACCCGGCGACCACCACCUAGCGGCGUCACCUCACUUGGUCCGGUCCCGCCAACACCUGCUGACUGGGUUGACCCUGAUGCUCAACAUGCCCCCGCCCCGCCCGAGCCUCAGAGGUCUCCUGCACUAGCUAUAGAUACCGAUAUUGCGAGGCGAUCGAAUCAGGUGACAGAACCUCUGGGCUCGGCAUCCAGCACAGGGAGUCUUAGCCGGGCUGGAGCUGUCCGUCAUGACAAGACGAUUUUACAACGUCGGACAGAGAGCCGCCAUACCUCACACGGCUCCAUCGAUGCCGUCGCUCAAUCACAUAAUGUAUCCGAUAUUGUGGUUCCAAAUGCAGCGAACGGGCUUGGCAGGCGACUGACUAUCACGAAAUCUACACCCCGCAGUGCCGGUCGUCCAGACCUUCCCCGCUCGGGCGAUUCAAUAGCACUGAACGAUUCGCGAAAUUCUACUCCUCGUGGCCCGGGCUCCGCGCAACUGCCCGGGUUUGAGACCUCUACUCCUCCGUUCUCGCCUUAUCAGAAGAAGCCUGCAUCAUCUUCUGGUCUCGCCCUAGCACCAAAAUCGAUACCAACGCCACCGCCACAUAAAAGAUCUGGCUCCGGUUCUCAGCCGAGAGAAUCGUCUAGGCCGCCGCCCUCUGCAGGCACUACUGCUUCUAAACAGGCCGUAACGCUGCAGACAGCAGACCAGUUUGCCGCCAACACGAUUGAACGCUUCCGACAAUUUGCAGCUCAAGAGUCAGCCGCUGCUUCCGAUGCCGAUCGGGUCAGGCUAUUUGCCGACUUCAUCGUAAACGAAUCGAGGUUGAGACGAGAGCGUUAUGCUAGUGCUAUCGGGGAGAUGGGUUCUGAAAUUUUUGAUUUAACGAGAGACUUGUUUCGUCCUAUGACGAACUCUCGGCGAGCCUCUGCUACCUCGCAAGACUGGACUCCCAGUUCGGCUGGUCCCGACCGUUCGCAGCUUGAGUCGAGCGGAAUGAGCUCAGUGAGUGACGGCGUUUCUGGGUCAGCUCCAACAUCGGCAGGCAUUUCUCAUUCCCCGACCACGAGUACAGGUGGUAACCAGAACUACGGAGGCACCAGUUAUAUGCCCUCUCUAUCGCCUAUUCUAAGUAUGAGCGUCAGCGACAAUCCCGAGAACAGCUCUCGCGGCAGGCCGCCGAGUCGCUGGUGGGAGACGGAUUCGAACGGGGAUCCUGCCCGGGGAUGGGAACGGUCGAAAAGAGAAUCCAAAUACAUGGGGGUCUCUAAAGACCAAUGGGUUGAAGAAGCCAACGAGCUUACAGGGGCAGGCGAGGGGCCAUCCUCUCAGUACCCUCCCGAAAAGACUGGAUGGCAUGAUCAAGAUGAACUCAACUUGACACCUCACCCAGAGCAGUUUUCGGCUACUUCGACCGAAACAACGCCCUCUCCAGCGACAAAGACUGAAGGCCUUGACGUGUCUCGUUUGGUCACGAUGCCACCCCCAUAUCCACGUCAUCAUCCCGCCGUGAACAAUAACCAUCCUGAGCUUACAGAAACGAGAACGGCGGUCCGUGGUCUAAGCGAGCUCAGUGAGAUGGACGAGACGAAGGAGAAGUUCGCACUAGCGAGUUCGAAGCGACGUGAAGACUUUGCCAAAGCAACGGCCGAGCGUCGCAGGGCCUUGAGAGAGAACUUGCAAAAGGAAACAGCUGCCGGUAAUAUUGGGUAUGCAGACGCUGCUGCUAUUGAGCAGGAUUCUGAGGCCCAGGAACGAGACAAGGCGAAGGAAUUGGAGAAGACUGAGUACGAGCAUUUCCAAAAUGGAGUCAUCGUACCGCUGAAUGAGCUUCUCAGUGCGCGCAUAGCCAAGGCAACGGACCUUUUUGACAAUUUAGCCAGCCAACUCUUUGGCAGUGGCCAAAAUGACGCCGACAUGCCUCAAGAGGAAGGCGAUGAUAGACCAGAGCUGCUUGAGAAGCUCACUCUUCUGAAGUGGAUUUUUGAGACACGGGAGUUCCUUCACAGAACCAUAUUUGACCUCCUAACGGACCGAAAUGCCAGGUAUCGCGAUGUCGUUCUCACGCCCUAUCGACUGUCUGGAAAUACAGAGAAGCUCAAAUCUGCGGAGGAGUUUUUUGCCGCCGAUGCGUCAAAUCGCGAGAAUGCCUACGCAAACGAGGUGCUCAACCGUACUCGCGAUUUUCGAUCGGUGGUGGACUCUGCGGUACAGCAUGGCGUGGCACUGCAGCUGUCUGCCUUCUGGGACAUUGCACCGCCUCUCCACGGCCUGGUAGACAGCAUCCCGCCAAACCUGGAGGGCUUCGAGAUCCAGAUGCCCGCGAGCGAGUUCGAGGAGAACCCGGCCUACCAUGACCACCCGCUACAGUACCUCUUCAGCCUGCUUGCGCACGCCGAGAAGAGCACCUACCAGUUCAUCGAGUCGCACACCAACCUGCUCUGCCUCCUGCACGAGGUCAAGGAGGCCGUGGUAAACGGCAAGGGCCGCGUGCUGGAGACGCAGCUGCAGGACGCCGACGGCGCGCCCAUCACGGCGGAGACGCGGCUGGCGCGCGCCCAGCGGAUGCGCCAGGACGAGGGCCGCCGGCUCACCGAGGACCUUCAGGAGAAGGUGCGCGAAGUGCAGGAGCAGUGGAACAGCGCGCUGGGAGCGGAGCUCAAGACGGUCAAGGAGCGCACGCGCGAGUGGCUCCUGGAGACAGGCGGCUGGGACGAGACGCUGGAGGAGGGCGAGUUUGUCGCGCGGGAGGAAUCUCCCGCCUCUGCCACCCUCAGCCUCCUCGCCACCGCCUCCGCCGCCACCGUGCCGCACGGCACCGGCGACAUCGGCAAGUUCCAGGAGCUGGCCCUCGGCUUCAACGCCGCAGGACGCGCUGGCCGGCGAGCGCAUCGACAUGCGCUACCGCCUCACCAUCGACCAGUCCCGGGCGCCGCAUGCCGCCUUCUCCGAGGCCGCCAGGGUCGAGCUCAGCGCGGUGACCGCGCCUCGCCGUGGAGGACAACCUCUGCGCGAGCUUCCACGCCUACCUUGGUAAACGCUGCGACUUUUGGAAGAGGCAAGUAA